AUGACAAAGGUUGCAGCGGCGGCGGAGGGAGCCACGAUCGGACCACCUAGAAACCCCGAUGAAGAGCCCAAGUACCGAGGCAUGCAAAAGCAGCUGUGGGGCAAUUCGUCAUCGAGAUCAGAGACCCCUGGAAGAAGAUCCGAGUCUGGCUGCACUUUCAACUUUAAGGACGCUGCUGCACGCGUCUACGCCGCCGCCGCUAGGUCUCUCCGCGGCCCCGAGGCAAAGACCAAUUUUCCAUUACUACCUUUUUCAAUCCCUAAUACACCCAACACAAACCCUAAUAACGGUAAUCAUCUUCAGGACGAUGAUGGAUUUCAUCAAUUUCAUUUGAGACCCACCACAAACAGCUUGAGCAGCACCUUGGAGUCCUCCAGUGGGCCUAGAUCGUCAAAUCCGCCGCAGAAGUUCAGAAUCCGACGAUGGCAGAAGCCACAACCGGUCGGUGUUCGUCGCCUUUAA